AAAUCCGGAGACGAAGUUUCCCCAGUAGCAGCACUCUCCGGUGACAGCAUUUAGCCACUCAGAUGUUUCAUUUUCUGUUUGAUUAGCAACUUGCGGAAGGUUUUGAAAGCCAGAUGUCGCAGACGAAUGAUUUCUCCGCUAUAAGGAACUGAAGAAUAACCUUAUCGCUAUGUUUGCGACAAGAGGUUAACGUUAACCGGUAAUUAAAGCUGAUAGCUAACUGCUAACAGCUAGCAUAGCUAUCUAACGAUUUCGCCGGUACAGGCGGUCCUCUUUGUCUGACAGGGGAAGGCGUGCUCUUUUGUUAGCUUUUUCCCUUUGUCCAGUGGGGAAAGAGGAACUGUUUGGUCAGGAUUUCACAAUUAUCUGUAGCUCUGAAAGUAUUUAGAAAAUGCAAAUCGCGAAAAAAUAUUUCACAGAAGGCCUGAUUCAGUUAACAAUCUUACUCAGUUUGAUUGGAGUUCGCGUGGAUAUAGACAGCUACUUAAGCGGCUACUAUUCGCCUCUGAUAGAGAUUAACUUGGGUCCUAGCUCAGCCUACACCCAGACACCGUUUCAUAAUUUGAGAGACACUCUUGACGGAUACAGUGUGCACCCAAAAUGUCCCGAGUUGGAUUAUUUCUUUGCAAGUCGCCGGCUGCUAGACGAAGUGAGGACCCUCGGCUCCCCGCGGUUCCCCACACAGUUGAACGCAUGGCUGGUGCACCAGGUGUCUGCCACUGACAAGGCUGACGAUGGGCCUUCAACCAGCAACAACACUGACACCAGCCCCGGGUUAGAAAGUCCCGGGGACGAAGCCAGAGAUGACAGUGAACACCUGCCUGGCAGUGGCCGAGAAGUGUGCCAAACAACCCCUGAACUGGGACGAGGGCCUUGCACCGCUGGAGCCUGCGGGUUCCUCAAAGAGGAGGAUGAAACUAAAGUUAAAGAGGAAGAAGAACCUGCACCACUCACUCAGCUGGCCCACAGUUCCACACUGGAGCAAGAGAGUCUGCUUGAAGGCAUCACUGCACUCUCUGAUCCAGCAGAGCACCAUCCUCCUACCAUUGACAUUGACCAGAAUUGGAACAAUUUACUUUCUCUGUCUAUUACUGACCUUGAGGAGUUGGACUCGCUUGUCACUGAGCGUCUGUCAGACCUCGACCCAGACAUCACCACCGCCAUCAGCCAGGAUGUCAGCUUGCAUGAUGCUAUGGUAACCGGUGCUGGAGCGUUUGGUGUGACGUCUGAAGGAGUUGGGUCCAGGCCAGUCACCCAACAACAAAGAACCCUCUUCCGACUCGAAUCCACAGGCUCCUCUCACUCGGAUGCAUCACCAGGGAUGGCACUGGGCCUGGCUGCACUCCCCUUUGCUUCAGUAUGUAAUUUAACUGGAAAUGUGUUGCAGCAUAGUACGCUGAGCGGCUGUCUGGAUGAGGCAGUGUUUGAUCAGAUCAAUCAGCUUGGUUUGGAAGGCCUGGACACUAUGGAUACCCAGCUGAUGGGCUGUCUGGACAGCAUAGACCCACAGGUCCUUGAGGAUUUGGACUCGGACUCCGGCCUGUCGUUGGAGAGCAGCUCUGGAGGUCCAGUCUCCCCAGGCUCAUCUGAGAUGUCAUCAUCAUCCAGUUCAUACUGUGAGGAUGAGGGUGGAGCUACAGGCUACAGCAGUGAGGUGGAUUCACUCCCUUCGAAAGGUCUCGUGGACCACUCAACGUGGUCACACAUCGAUCAGAGUGAAAGUGUGUGGCAUGACCACAGCUACUCAUCUCCUGCUUUCUUGGACCCGCCAUCUGUAACACUCUCCCACAAAGGUAUCAAAGAGGAGCCUCUGAGCGAUGAUGAAGGGCCGCAGUUUGACCAGAGGGAUAUGAGUCGUGAUGAGAUGCGUGCCCGUGCCAUGUACAUCCCAUUUUCUGUCCUGCAGAUUGUCAACAUGCCUGUGGAAGAGUUCCUGGAGGUCCUUGAAGGUCAUGGUUUCUCCCCUGAACAGGUGACUCUCCUGAGGGACAUCCGCAGGCGGGGGAAGAAUAAACUGGCAGCGCAAAACUGUCGGAAGCGCAAACUUGAUGCCAUCACAGGACUCCAGGAGGAGGUGGAAAGGUUGCGUGCUCAGAGAGACAGGCUGCUGAGGGAGAAACAGCUUACAGCCAAGACAAUGGGUGCUGUAGGCCAGCAGAUAAAACAGCUGACCAGAGACGUCCUGGCCAGGCUGAGGGAUGAUUCAGGACAGCCCCUAAACCCGGAGAGAUUUACCCUGCAGUGCGGGGCAAACGGAAGGGUUGUCGUUCAGCCUGUAAGACGGCCAGCUGUGUCCACAUCAGCUCGCAACAAAACAGACAAGAGAAAGAAGGAGAAAAAGCAAUGAUUCAGUAUUUCAAGCGGAGACUUGAGCUUUUAGGUUUUUGGAUAUUUUCUGAACUUUACUUGCCUGACUCUGGUUUUGGGAUCUCCUCUUUUUGUAAAAGCGUGUGUGGAUUCACCGCUGUUGGGAGCCUAAAUCGACAAAAGAUGCAAAAAAAAAGAAAAAAAGAAAAGAAACUCAGAACAUUUAAAAAAAGUUAUCUGUAAAUAAAAUCUCUCAUGGGAAAAAUGUAGCUUACACACUGGACAUUUGCUUAUUUUAGAUGGACAAGGCAUCAGGAGCAGUUCAAGGCAACAGAUACACUGCGGGAGAUGCCACCAGUCUCUUUGUGCCUGUUAACAUUUAAGUGAUUGAGAGCCAGACAGCCAGACAUGUCUAAAAGUCAACGUUGUGACAGUUACUGGAUAGAAAUCUAGGAGGAGGAUUCUGUUUGUUUGUUUCCAUGUAAUCUUGCCUCUCAGUGUAUAACGACUCAGUAUAAGGAGGUUAAACAUUGUAUUUAUUAAAGUUUCUGAGGUUCCUGAAAUGCUUAUGCAUCAUGAGACCAUCAAGGUCUCAAAGCAGUAUCUUUUUUUCAUAAUGCUAAGCUUAUCUCAAAGUGGUAAGAAUAUUGGGACAUUAACUAUCUAAAGUUUACAGAUUUGUGUGAGAUAUUUGAGGGCAUGAAGUCCUCUGUAGAAUUUUGAACUGAAAUGUUAAAUAAGUAAAAACAUUUUGUUGUAUUCCUUGUGUCUUGAUGACAUACAAUAUACCAAUGAUUAAACUGACAAGGCCUUAAUGUGCAUUGGAUAGGUGUUUUGGAUUAUAUUUGUGUGCACGAGCCACAGAGACACAUUAUCUUGACAAAAACAAAUUUUAAGAGGCAACCAUUUUAUGUUUUAAAUAAUUAUUGAAUCAUUUUGUUGUAAGCAGAAAUUUGCUUAACCCUUUGAUUUCAGUUACUUCAGAGAUUUGGCAAGAUUAUAUUCUACCUCAGCUGUAGUUUACGUUUUAGAUUUUGGCUAAAUGAAAUAAGAUUAAAACAUAAAAACACCCUUUUUUUAAGGGAAUUGAAGUGCACUCGAUAACAAAUUCUUCCUUAUUAAAGUGGCCCUGAAUGGGUCAUCCCAUUUAGGAAAAAUAAUACAAUCACCAACUCUAUUUAAUAAGACUGAAUGGUGUUUUGGAUGUUGUGUUUUAUAUGUAUGAGAUUAUCUGAGUUAAAUUUAAGUUCUUAGUAUAAGUUGCCAUUUUAUUCACUGGCACACCAUCUUUAUACAGUCAAAUGAGUGAGUGAAGAAAUGGAGAAAAGUGCAUAUAGUUAAAAGUGUGACUCAUGUUUUUUUUCCCUUCACAAAUUUGUAUUUAAUUUCCUGCUUUGACCGAAAGUUUACGUAUUUGUUUGUAUAAACUUCAGACUGUUUUUCUUUGUUGCUUGGGGCAAAAGUUUUUGAUUGCAUGGUGAUUGUUGAAUGUUGAUAGUAUGAUUUUGCUUAGGGAAUUUGAAAUGCUCUUGCAGACCUUGUUUUUUCUGAUUUGGAAAAAAAAAAAGAAAAGAUAAACUGAC